AUGGAGUCCCUCUCAAGCUCUAUAUGUCGAGCUUGUCGGUUUCGAUUGCACGUGAAGAAGAGUACAUUAUCAUCUCCUCGCACCUUUGCUACUUCCUCCACCAAGCUAUACAUCCCUCCCGAAUCUCCAGCGUUCGUCGAAGUACCGGAACCGCACCAGGCAGUACGGGAGCGUAGACUUCCUACAAAAGGGCUUCUCCCUGUUCCUCGAGAGCUCUUCCCCCGAAGUCGCCCGGACAAGCCCAGCGACAAGUACCUUCAGAAUGUCACACGAGAUGCACUUCCGAAAAACAUUCCACCACCAGAAUUCCAGACGGAUGCGAAGAAGUACAAACUCCGCAUGUCAGAGAUGCGAAAAGCCCAUCUCCGCGAGGGCUUGACGCAGCUUCACGAACGGAAGGUCACACACGAGAAGCGGCUUUUACGAAGGACAAUUGUCCGCAACGAGCAACGCGAAGGACUGAUCAACCAGGCCGAGCGUGAAGAUGAGAGGCUGACCAACAACACCGUGCUGUCCACGAUGAAACCCAAACGACUACUGGAUCUACCCGCGGAACAAGAGAAGGAAAUCUACGAAGCCCGCACGGCCAAAUACGAGGCGCUCCAGAGUGCGAAGCGCGAAGCCCGUCUCGACAAGCUGCACACGCUAUACAUGCAUGCGCGGCACUUCAUCACGACCAAGGAACAGCUCGCGGCGGCGAUCGACGUCGAGUUUGAGAAGCCGUCGAUCUGGAGAAACGGCCUGCCUUCUUCCCUCAAGGAGAUGAUUACAGGCAAGACCCCACCCGACGGCAAGGCCGAUGCUGGUAGUGUAUCCGGCCUCGUACCGCAGACCGAACGCUUCUUGAGGGAUCAGGAAAGGAUGAAGAGAAUUGCCGAAAAGUUGAGUGGUGGCAAGAUGUGA